GUUCAGCUGAGAGGGAAGAGGUCCUGUGUGUGUGGGGGAGGAGGAUAAGGGGGGCUGUUUAUAUCCUUAGUAAAACAGACACUCACUGUAGUGUAUGCUUUCUGUGUGUUUGCCCCCCAGCAGCUCACGAGGAGCAGCCUGUCGGUGUCAGUGAGCCUCUCUGCGCGCUCUGACCGGAGGGGGCUGGCUCUCCCUGAUUGAAUCCAGCUGUGGAGAGAGUGCUCGGAGGGGGCCCGACAACAUCUGCAUUGCUAAAUACUUUGAGUGGAGCCGAGAGAGGGGAGCAGGAAGGGAACAAGAAGCCAUUCCUGCAGCACUUGGUCCAUGAACCGAAGCUCUCCAGCUCGACCAGACUGCGCUUCAUGAAAACCUGGUGUUUGCGUAAAGGCGCAUAGUCGGGGGGGCAGAGAGAGUCCUGCUGGGAGGUGGAGAGGGGAUUCAGGGAGAGUUAAGGUCUUCUGAAUCUUUCCUUUUAGAGAAACUAUGCUUUUUGGAAUACGUGGCCUCACGUUUCUCUCCUCUGCAAGGAUGUUGGCAGCUCUGCUUUUUAUUCUGCUUUGCAUCAAGCCUGGACACGGACAGACCUGCACAGAAGGUUUUGCAUAUGACCGCAGGUCGAGACAGUGCAUAGAUCUGGACGAGUGCCGGACUCUACCAGAUGCCUGCAGGGGAGACAUGCAAUGUGUGAACCAGAACGGAGGCUACCUGUGCAUCCCCAGGAGCUUGUACAACCAGCCCUACAGACAAGACACCCCCGCCCUGCCAGCCCUGCCCGCCCUGCCUGCGCCGGUGUACCCGGACCCGUCACAGGGAUUCCCGGACACCUUCGCUCCAGCUGUCCCCAGAUCUGGAGAGCCCAGUUACCCCAGAGUGAGGAGCACUGCACCGUGCAUCCUGGGAUAUACUCUUGCAGAGGAUGGAACCUGCAAUGACAUCGAUGAAUGUGAGACAAACUCUCAUCACUGUAACCCCACCCAGGUCUGCAUCAACACAGGAGGUGGAUACACCUGUUCCUGCAACGAGGGGUACUGGCUCAUUGGGGGACAGUGUCAGGAUAUUGAUGAAUGUCGAUACGGUUACUGCCAGCAGCUGUGUGCAAACGUCCCGGGCUCUUACUCCUGCUCCUGUAACUCCGGCUUCAUCCUCAACCCGGACAGCCGGACCUGUCAAGACGUGGACGAGUGUGAUGACGAGCCUUGCACUCACGGCUGCUUCAACACGUACGGCUCCUUCAUGUGUAACUGUGACGAAGGAUUCGAGCUGGCGGCUGAUGGUACUUCCUGUUACGACCUGGAUGAGUGCAGCUUCUCUGAGUUUCUGUGUCAGCACAGAUGUGUGAACGCGCCCGGCUCGUUCUCCUGCAUCUGUCCGCCUGGAUAUUAUGUUUAUGAGGACGGCCGGAGCUGUGAAGAUGUCAAUGAAUGUGACACUGGUAACAACACCUGUACAACAGCACAAGUAUGUUUCAAUUUCCAGGGAGGCUACACCUGCCUGAACCCUUUACAGUGUCUCCCUCCGUACGUCGAAGUCACUGACAAUCAGUGCAUGUGCUCGGCUGAGAACCCUGCCUGCAGGGACAAACCCUUCACUAUCCUGUACCGACACAUGGACCUGUCGUCGGGGCGCAGUGUGCCUGCAGACAUCUUCCAGAUGCAGGCCACCACGCGAUACCCCGGCGCCUUCUACAUCUUCCAGAUAAAGUCGGGCAACGACGGGAGAGAGUUUUACAUGAGACAAACCAGCAACGUGAGCGCCACCCUGGUCCUGUCCCGGCCCAUCAAGGGUCCGAAGGAGCUGGUCCUGGACCUGGAGAUGGUCACUGUCAACAACGUCAUCAACUUCAGAGGCAGCUCCAUCAUCCGGCUGACGGUAUUUGUGUCAGAGCACCCGUUCUGAGGACAGGACCUCAUCCUCCCUGGAGGUUUCGGGCUGCAGCUGAUGUAAUGGUUGGUCGGAGACGGCUCGUCACCUCUCUUUGUUUGUUUUUGAAUCCUCGUGUCAUCCUCAUAAAGACUCAGCAAAGAUCAGCUGAUGGGAAAUCUCAAUCCCCGCCCUGGUUUAAUGGACACUGAGCUUUUACUGCUGCGAUAUGGACGGAUAUUUAUGGUGUACAAUUUCUGAUAUCCUCUAUUUAGAAGACCUGAAACCUUCUUCACUGUGUACCACAAUAUACAUCUUACAGUUUUGAGGAGCUCCCCCUGUUGUCUGUGAAUUUUCAUCCUGUGACUUUUUCUACACCCCGAGCUGCGUCGUCAGAUCAUCUCAGUGGUUCUUUAGGGAGACGUGAUGAGGGCCGGCGGUCUGAGCAGAAGUGUAAUCGUGCAUUCGCAGAGGCAAUAUUUGAAAUGAUGUAAAAGCCAGUCAUUAAAUGAAUUAUUGAUCACAGUG